CAUCAACAACACAGUUCAACAACUUGCUCAGCGCUGGAAGAAAGAUCUACAUUUUGCAGGAUUUAAAAAAAUACACAUUUACAAGUAACUCACAAACAUGUUGACCGCGGAGACUUUAGAGUGCCAGAUAUCCGCCGUGAUGCAGACUGUGGCGGAGGCGGCGGUGGCGGAGCUCGGCAGACUUUUGGAGAAGUGCUCGGUGAAGGUUGUUACCGUCCAGCAGCGCGCCGAUCCGGACACAGGCACCGUGAGGAGGAGCGCCGCGGCUCUACCGAGGGACACACACCUGAUUAAUACACUUAUAACGAACCAGUUUGCCUCCCUCAUGGAGGCUUUAACCAAAAGUGCAGUCGAUAAAAUACUGAUGAUGCUGAAAGUGUCCAUGUGUGAAGCUGAGGACGGUCGAGCUGCAGAGGGAGAGCAGAGCGCCGGACUCGAUGACCAGAUGGGACGGAUGAAAGCAGGGCAUGUGGCUGAACCCGAAAAACAAUCAACAUCCAGAAGCUCUCAGCAGAAAAGAAAGAAAGUCAAGAAAAAACCCAAACCGACAACAACACAGGAGACCGACCACCUAUAUUACAAAGUGGAGCAACAUCCUGAAGAACCAGCAGCAGCAGAAUCAGUGAUCAAACCUGCUGGUGCAGCCACAUGUGAGAGUAACUCUGGUUUCCUGUCUGAAGCUGAAGCUGAAGCGAUGCUCACAGAGCUGACCUCCAACAUAAGUGCGGAAAAUAGCGUCCGUGAGGAUAAAAGCAUUUUCGCUACCACAUCCAAAGCUCAAAAGAAGAAGACAACGGCAACACUGAAAUGUCCUUCUUGUGACAAAUCAUUUGCUCUCAAGUGCAUGUUGGACAGACACUACCUGAGCCACUCCAAACCUCACCUGUGCUCCGAGUGCGGGAAACGUUUUUCUGUGCAGCGGGCGCUCAUCGCACAUUCACGCCGUCACACCGGAGAGAAGCUUCACAAAUGCUCCGACUGCGGCACGGAGUUUGCUUACAAGUCCACCUUCGAAAGACACAUGCGCCAGCACAGCACGAAGAAACCCAGCAUCCAUACGUGCACGCUGUGUGAGAACCAGUUCACCGGGACGUUGGCGCUUCAGCGGCACAGGUGUUCCGCCUUAAAAACGACGUUCAUUUGCUCGCUUUGCCCCGAAACCUUCGAGUGCAGACAGAGUUUGGCCGAUCACGAGAAUCUACAUUCAGGAGACAGAGAUUUUGUCUGCGAAAUGUGCGGCGAGAGUUUCCUCUCGUCCUCGUCCUUGGCCACUCACCGUGUGACUCACAUGCAAAAGGAAAACUGCUGCGACCUUCUCGGCCUCGGGUGCAGCGACUGGAGCGUCCUGAAGAGUCACCUGAGCAAACACACAGGAGAAAAGCUGUUCUCCUGCGAGGUUUGCGGUAAACACUGUAGUCACCUGAGCGCUCUGAAGCACCACAUGCUGACCCACACGGGGGAGAAGCCGUACGUCUGCGAGACCUGCGGCAAACGCUGCGGCCACGCCAGCGCGCUACAGAACCACAUGAGGAUCCACACCGGGCAGAAGCCGGGGCAGCAGCCGGUCUGCAACGUGUGCGGUAAAAAAUUCCGCUGCAUGGUCAAUCUCAAAUAUCACAUGAGCGUGCACACGGGGGUGAGGCCUUACGCCUGUGAACAGUGUGAUAAAAAGUUCAGCAACCCCAGCAACCUUAAGAUGCACAUGAUGAUUCACACGGGGCAGAAAAUGUACGGCUGCAGCGUCUGCGGCAAAAGGUUCGCUCAAGCCGCCGGCCUCAGGCUGCACAGACGGAUUCACGCAGGAGAAAAGCUGUACUGCUGCAAAGUCUGCGGGAAAGGAUUCACAUACCACAGCGACUUCAGGAAGCAUCAGACGGAUCACCUGCCAGGUGAGCUGGCAGACGGACUGUUUGAAAAGACUGCUGUGAAAAUCUAAAACAUCUCACUGCUCUGUGGUCACUUCAUGUACUUUUAUGUUACAGAGACUCGACUGGACAACGUGACAAUAAAUACUGUGGCAUGAUAAAGAUUUGUUGAAGUUUUUCAAGAGUUUAUACAGAGUUAUUAACCCCCUGGAUGUUUUAAACCAUCCCAGAAUAAAUAACAAAUAUAAAAUUUGCUGAAAACCUGUCG